AUGGCGGGUCCGAAUUUGGAGUGUCGCAUGUACGAAUCCCGGUACCCGGAAGUAGACAUGGCGGUGAUGAUUCAGGUCAAGAACAUCGCCGACAUGGGUGCCUACGUCUCCUUGCUCGAGUACAACAACAUCGAAGGUAUGAUCUUGUUCUCCGAGCUCUCCCGCCGCCGGAUUCGUAGUGUCAGCAGCUUGAUUAAGGUCGGCCGCAUCGAGCCCGUGAUGGUGCUUAGGGUUGAUAAGGAGAAGGGAUACAUUGAUUUGAGUAAGAGGAGGGUCAGUGAAGAGGAUAUUCAAACAUGCGAGGAGAGGUACAACAAGAGUAAGCUUGUUCACUCCAUCAUGCGCCACGUUGCUGAGACUCUGGGAAUUGAUUUGGAGGAGCUGUACAUCCAUAUUGGCUGGCCUCUGUACCACAAGUAUGGUCAUGCUUUUGAGGCAUUCAAAGUCAUUGUGACUGACCCUGAUACAGUUCUUAGUACCCUUACCCGUGAAGUCAAGGAAGUUGGUCCUGAUGGACAGGAGGUAACCAAAGUUGUUCCAGCUGUAACUGAGGAAGUGAAAGAUUCUCUGGUGAAGAACAUCAGGAGAAGAAUGACACCACAGCCUACGAAGAUACGAGCUGACAUCGAAAUGAAAUGCUUCCAGUUUGAUGGUGUCCUUCACAUCAAGGAUGCAAUGCGGAAGGCAGAAGCUGCUGGUAAUGAUGAUUGCCCUGUGAAGAUUAAGCUGGUGGCUCCUCCUCUUUAUGUCCUCACCACACAAACUCUUGACAAGGACCAAGGAAUAUCCAUCCUCACCAAUGCCAUCACGGCGUGCACUGAAGCAAUUGAAGAGCAGAAAGGGAAGCUUAUAGUGAAGGAGGCCCCAAGAGCGGUGAGCGAACGCGACGACAAGUUGCUGGCAGAUCACAUGGCUAAGCUGCGAAACGAGAAUGAGGAGGUGAGCGGCGAUGAAGAUAGCGAGGAGGAAGAAGAUACCGGAAUGGGAGAUGUGGAUGUAGAGAACGCCGGUCCGGGCAUAACCGAGUGA